UAGGGGUCAGUUUACUUAUAUUAGGGAUCUAAAACAGUGUUUUUUAUGUUUUAUGAUCAUGUGUGAUAGAAUUGCAUAGAAGCUAUGCUUGUACUAACGUGGAUAAUUCAUUAUAUUCGUUGCACAUGAGUGCCAUUUCUUAACUGUUUCUUGCACGGAUGUAUUAUAAGGAAAUUAUAUGCGCCGUUGCGGUGUGUUAACGCUAGAGGGCGACUAUCGAUAAACCUGAUUUGUGACGCGCUUUAAAAAAAAAAACCCUAGAAGAAGAAACAACUGACAGACAAAAUGGUGGUGGGACGAAGCUAGCCGUUUGGCUAAUGUAAACAUUCAACAACAGUAGACUGGAGCUGGAAGGACGACAACGUUACCCGGUAGUUUUUUGACACUCAGUUUCAAACUUUGGUGAAGGAUGAUGAGCCAGCGGCGUGGGAUCCAUCUGGACCAAUCAGAGCUGCUUUGCAAAAAAGGAUGUGGUUUUUAUGGAAACACUGGCUGGCAGGGCCUGUGCUCAAAGUGCUGGCGGGAGGAAAAUCAACGAGAGAGACAAAAACAGAUUCAAGAAGACUGGGCACUUGCUGAGAGGCUGCAGAGAGAGGAAGAGGAAGCUUACGCAAGCCGACAUCAGAAAGCCCAAUCACAACAUAGCAUUACACCCUUCAGCAAGUUUGAGGAAAGAAAAACUAAGGAAAAGUCCAGCAAAGUCAACACAGUUACAAAAUUUUUUACUCCAUCCACAAAAACACCACCAAAAAAAGAUGCUCAUUUUGAUGCUCAAUCCAGUCCAAGCCCCAGCUCCUCUACAAGCCGGCAUUCCUAUUUGGACAGUGACCAUGCAACACGAGAGUUCAUUGAUUUUCUCAAGCCUCUGAAGUCUGGCAGGGAGAUCUUCAAACAGUGCCGAGCCUUCACUGAGAGCAUGGUCUAUAAGCGGGACAUGGCUGCUGAUGAGCUGUCAGAGUGUGUGCAAGACUUUUACCAGAGCCUCUCAGACCGCCUGCACACCCAGUUCAAAGGUUCGUCAGAUAACGUAGAGAGAGUUAUGGAUGAAGUAGAGAAGUACAUGAUGACGCGUCUCUACAAAGAAGUUUUCUGUCCCGAGACAACAGACGAUGAGAAGAAAGACCUGGCCAUUCAGAAGAGAAUCAGAGCCUUGCAUUGGGUCACUAUUGAGAUGCUGUGUGUUCCUGUAGAUGAGGAGAUCGCUGAGGUAUCGGACAGUGUAGUCAAAGCCAUCACAGAUGUGAUUGAAAUGGAUUCAAAGUGUGUGCCCAAGGAGAAGCUCGCGUGCAUCACUCGUUGCAGCAAGCACAUCUUCAACGCCAUCAAAAUCAGCAAGAAAGAGGCAGCGUCUGCCGAUGACUUCCUCCCCACGCUCAUCUACAUUGUGCUGAAAGCAAACCCCCCGAGACUGCAGUCCAACAUCCAGUAUAUCACCCGCUUCAGCAACCCCAGCAGACUCAUGACUGGAGAGGAUGGUUACUACUUCACUAAUCUGUGCUGCGCGGUGGCCUUCAUUGAGAAGCUGGACGGCCAGUCUCUGAACUUAAGCUCUGAGGAGUUUGAGCUCUACAUGUCUGGUCAGGCAUCUCCUCACUGGCCUCCAUCCAGUGGAGCUUCUUCCUGCUCCCCUGGGAGCGCAGCUCUCAGUCAGGUCCAUAAACGGCUGGACCUGCUAACAGGGCUUGGAGAAAGGCAGGAGCGGGUCAUGGAGAAGGCUCGGCAGCUGGAGAGCGACCUCAUUGACUGGACGGACGAAGUGGAGCAGAAGGUGCACAGCGUUCUGGAGAGCUUUCCACCAGAGACAGAAAACCCAGCUGCAACCUCAGCUAGUGGGACAACUUCUGCAGCAUCAUCAGCAAUCGACUCUGAUAACGUUGAGAGUGAGCACCUGCCUCCACCACUGCAACCCCAAGUGUUUGCUGGUUGACAUGAAGGAAAAAAUAAAUCCUCUAUAUGCUUUACUCCACCGUCCCCCUUUUCCCUGCUGUUGAUGUCCAUUUGCACAUACAGCAGCCAUCUGAUACGAAUCCAUUUGUCUUUAUUCCAUCUUUCCAAGUCCAAAAGGCCCUGAACAGUAACAGAACUUUUAAACAAAUAGUUUGGCAGAGAGUAAGGUGAGAAGAUCAAUAACCACUCUCAUGUCUCUACAUUGAAAAUGAUGCUUAGCUUAGAAUAAAAGCUUGAAACAGGGGAAACAACUUGCCUGGCUCUGUUGAAAGAUUACAAGAGGUGAAAAAGUAUUUCCAAAAAUGUCCCGGAGGGGCCAAGAACACUCAAGCAAAGGAUUUAGUGCAGCAUCCAUGUUAAAAGCCCUGACGUUCUUCUUUCAGUACCUACUAUAUGACAUUCUUGCUUCCUUAAAGUGAGAUGUGCAGGGAAACUUUCUGCAGAGUUCACAAGACAAAACGCUCAGUCCACCUCAACGGGCUUCUUUUAAUGAAAAGAAGCAACCUGACUCCACUCCAAGCUCUUCCCAGACACAUCUGUGGUCACCCACAAUGCCACCUUCAGUACCUCCUCAUCCUUGUCGUUGUAGUUACAUGCGUGCAGAUGGGAUAGAUGGUUGGAUGUGAUUUUUAAACAUGUUUCUGUCAUCGUUCGCAGCUUUUCCAAAAAUGUUUUUGGUUAUGUUGUGGUGUCUCUAGGGCUGGGAAUUGUUUAAAAAAUUACAAUACCAGUACCCCCUAAAGAAAUACCGAUAUCGACAGAGAACUUCAUUCGAAACCCAUCAUAUUAAUGGAGUGACGUGUAGUGUAGCCAUACUUUCAAACCUUUUGGUGACAUCUUGGCAUGUAAAGCUGCAUCAAAUACACCACACUUGACUUCACCACACCGCAGACUGUAUGGGUCAUAGCUGACUUAGUGGUGGGCAAACUGAAAGAAGCUUACGGAGAGUGGCUGCAAGAAAAACUACACAAGUCAUUGUUUUGCAGAUCUGGGUACAGAAAGGUUUAAAUGCAUGUAUUGUUUGACUGGGCCCUAUCCCAUUUCUUAUUUUUUUACCCUUACCCUUUUUUUUUCGAGUGCCACUAGCUCCUUGGAACACAGUUAUAAGGGGUAGUGGUCAAAAUCUUUCUGAAUGGAAAGGGACAAAAAGACCUUGAUACAUUCAUCACGAGUUGUUGGUGACGCCGUUUAUGUAAACAGACCCAAAGGUGGACGUUGCAAAUGUGCUGUCUCUUCUGCUGCUGUGAUUUCUCUUGUCAGGGCAAUAAGCAUCCUUUUGCAUUUGUCAGCAAACUCACAGUUUGUUCACCACUUCAGUUUCUUAAUAGCCAGCCAUCCAAUAAAACAAGAACACUGCUUCAUUACCAGACUACUGGCAGUGCUCUGUUGGCUAACGCUAGCAAACCGUGCUCCUAUCCUGCCAGUCUGCUCAGAUAUGAGGCGCAAUAACAAGUGCAGCAACUUUGCUGCUGGACUGAUGUUAAAUUUUGGGAGCCGUAUGACAUCAUAGGGGGGGUAAUGUGAGUUAGAAAUAUGUCAUGCAAGACUGUCAUGCACAAAUCAGCAAUAACAAUGUAACAUUAGCUGGCUUACACUUUGUUUCUUUUAAUUUUUGUUUUUUUUAUUAACAAUUAGAAUGAAUUUGUUUGUUACACAUACAGCCAUCUUGCUGGUGAUUUCUCAUAACGCUCGGUUUGAGGUGUGCCUCUAUGUAGCCCUUACACUUCGCCCUACAGCUCUAUCCCAGCAAGAGUAGGAACACCCUACCUCCAGACGUUAACACACAGAAUGAAGGGGUGAGGGUCAAAUGCUAGGGGCAAGGGGUGUAUCGGGAUUAGGCCUUGGUUCUUGGUCUAUUUUGGUUGAUACCUUAAAAGUAUUGAGUAGCAAUACCCAGCCCUGGAUGUCACCAGUUGUAUAUUGUAAAUUGACAAGUUGAGGCUCAAAUUGUAAAUUGUAAUUGUUGACUUAAAACUUAAGUCCAAGUAACCUCAAAUAAUCUGACAGGGGUUUUCUGUCAAAUAUGUUUUUGGUUAAGGAAAUUGAGAAAUCUGAAUGAUGUGAAUUUUAACUUCCUCUUACUGAAACAACCCUCCGGCUCAUGCUCGUGAUUUGUAUUGUAGAUACUGCGUUUUUCCGCAGAGCGAUACCCAAGAGAAAGAAAUGUGUGUGUGGCAGUUGAGCAUGUGGGCAAGCGUGUGAGCCGUGUGUUGCAUGGACAUGUUUCUUUAAUAUUGGUAAAUCAUAAAGUCCUCCAGUUGUGCAUAUGGAUGUUGUAGUCUCAUGCCGAACCUCUCAACUCCAGUCAUGAGCUGGAUGUACAGAAGUGAUUUUAUUUUUCUAUAGAGUGGCAGGUAUCAAUUCUUUUGGAUGCAAUAGGAGACAUUAAUCCUGUAAUAUUUACAGUAGUACUUUUGUGAAAGAACAUUGCUUCAUGACAUGUUACAUAAAUUGUAAUGAUUGAGUAGUAAAAUUUUCAUCUAUUCCUUCAAGAGGGUGUCGUAAGCAUGUCCAGUACAAAAAAAUAACAGUUUUAGAUGGUUUGGGUUUUUUUUCUCUGUUGAAAUAAGUAGAUAGGAAGUAAAAGACACAAAAAAAAAAACACUCCGAAGGACGGUGCUUUAUUAGUGCAGAUGAAUUGAAUUAACAUAACCAAUUUAUUUAUUUGGGAGCACUUCUCUUCUGUUUAAUUGUUAAGUACAAGAAAUACAUUUAAUGAAGGAUGUAGUGGUUAUAUUCAGUUGAAAGGAUAUAUGAUAGAUAUGGUAGAUAACUGGUGAAAACAGUGUUGAACGGUGUCUGUAUUUGGCGGUCAUGUAGUUAAAGAGAUGUCUGGGAGAGUUCUGUUUUGCUGAUGAGCUGAGAUUUACUUAUGUUGCUAGAUUUUAUUUUUUUAUUAUUAUUUGCAGCACGUAUAGUCAGUGUGCAGCUGCUGUCCAAUUUCAGUUUGAGAAGACUUUUAAUGCAAACUUAAACAAUAGCUUGAAUAACUUUAUAUUGCACUGUAUGCAGAAGCCAUUUAUCAGGUAUUUUAAUGAAGUUUAAAACAUGACCUUUGUAACCUUAUAGGUUUGAUAUUGUAUCACAUGGGAGAAAGUAACCCAAUACUGUCUUUUAUUUAAAUGUAACUUAUUUGGGCAGUAUUGGUUUAUUUGCCUCUCUGGGUGUGUGAUGAUGAUUAAUAAAAACUGAAAAUGCUUGUGCA